UUUGAGAUGUGUGCACUUUUGUCCCAACAAGAUCGUAUACCCAAUAAACGAAAAAUCGAUCUCGAUGAUGAGUUCGACUCAACAAAAAAUUACGAUCAUGUUCGGCAAAAGAAAAAGAGUAACGUUCUUAUGAUGCAACAUCCACUUGGCAUCAAACCUUGGGGAAAUUAUUACUUAGAUCAAAGUAACAACAAUUUUAAAGGAGAUUGUAGAGGAUCUAGUUUAGGAAAUUUAGCAAUUUUAACAGAUGAUUUAAUCUUAGAGAUCUUAGGAAUCUUUGAUGCUAGAGAUCUAUUAUCCUUAGGAUUAACAAGCAAGGUAUUAUAUUGUUUUUCAACAUUUGACGAUUUAUGGAAACAACUUAUUAUAAAAAAAUAUAAUGGAGAUUGGUAUUGGCAAGGAACUUGGAAAUUAACUUUUUUAAAGAGAUCUUGCAAGGAAUAUUAUUUAGAGCCAGUUUCAAAUUAUAAGAAAUCUACAAUAAAAUUAUCUAAUUUUUAUAGUGAUACUUUAUUUCAACCUUUUCUAUGUAGCUCUACGGGAAUGGAAGCGUACUUGGGAGUUGAGAACAUAGAUCGACGGUCAAAUUUAGAGUUAAGCGACUUUAUUAGAGAGUAUGCUAUACCUAAUAAGCCUGUUAUUAUAACAGAUGUUGUAACUAAGUGGCCUGCGUCAAAAAAAUGGAAUAUGGAAUAUCUUGUAGAAAAAUAUGGAAAUGUUUUAUUUCGUGCUGAAGCUAUUGAUAUUAAAUUAAACAAUUAUGCUAGUUAUUAUAAAAAUACAAUGGAUGAAAGUCCUUUAUAUCUAUUUGACAAAGAAUUUUGUAAAAAGUGUGAUGGGAUUGAUGAUGAUUUUAGUGUACCUGAAUAUUUUGAAGAAGAUUUUUUUAGUGUUCUUGGAGAGAAUAGGCCUGAUUAUAGAUGGUUAAUUAUUGGGCCAGCACAUUCAGGAUCUACGUUUCAUAAAGAUCCAAAUUCCACCUCUGCUUGGAACGCUGUUAUAACAGGUUCUAAGAAAUGGAUAAUGUACCCACCUGACAUAUUACCUCCAGGAGUUUUUACUAGCGCCGAUGAGGCCGAAGUAACAUCACCAGUGUCGAUAAUGGAAUGGCACUUAAAUUUUUAUAAAGAAACUCAAAAAUCAAAACCGCGUCCAUUAGAAGGAAUAUGUAAAGAAGGAGAAAUUAUUUUUGUACCGAAUGGAUGGUGGCAUAUGGUUAUUAAUCUAGAGGAUUCUAUUGCUAUAACACAAAAUUUUGUUGGAACAUGGAAUCUUAAGAAUGUACUCUUAUUUCUUCGUGAUAAACCACAUCAGAUAUCCGGAUUUUCUAAUUUAGUGUGGCCUAAUAGUAAGGACAUUUAUAAUGAUUUUUGUGUAAAAUUUAAGAAAUUUUAUCCAGGGAUUUUAGAAAAGUUGGAAUUGGAUAAUAAUGAAGAUGAGAAAAGAGAGAAGAAUAAAAAGCGAUCUUCAUUGUGGGAACAAUUAAAAAGAAGGGAUGGCCAGGAAGAAAGAAAGGGAUUUACUUUUGGAAUUUUGGUUGAUAAUGAAUAAUGUUAUGAUGGUAAAUAAAUUGAUAAUUAAUUUGAUAAAUAUAUCACACGUGAAUAAAAAUGGCAAUCAAACUGCAGCAAAACGAACAGAUGAGCAUUGGACGGACUGGUCAAAUUGGCAAUCUAAUCAAACACGAAUUUUUUUUAUUCCAUUGCACUUUAUUAAUAACACGGAUAUGUAAGCC